AUGGAAGACCGCGACACGCGCAUUCGGCUGGUGGCCGCGCAGAAGGACGCUUGGGCUGCGCUCAGCGCGAAAGAGAAGCUCGCGUUGAUUGACGAGCUCAUGGACAGGCUGAAGGAGUUCUCUGACGAGCUCCACGAAGCCUCGAUCGAGAAACGUGACGAGCCGGGAGCUGUGCUCAAGGACCAGGACAACAACACAGGCAAAGCCGGCGACGGCAACGACGCGGCUGAAGAAGCCGAGGGCGGCUAUGCUUGCUUAGAUCCCGAAAAGCAACGGAUGCUGGAAACUGCUUCAGGGGUCGCUCACUGGCUGCACUCCUCCAUGCUCAUCGGGAUCUGGCUGAGCGUCAUCCGGGAGUACUUUGAGGCGGUUGUGCUCACUGGCAAGCCCCCGCGGCCUCUCGCCGUGACGCCUGUGCAGCGUGGAACCAAGAAGGAAGAAGAGGAUACGCAAAAACCGAGUCAGCACCUCGUUAAGGUGGGUCCGAAGGGACUGCUGUUCACGACGAUGCUUUCGUUUGGAACCAUGGAGCUCCUGGUGGACGGAGCGGUUGAGCAAGAUAUGCUGCAUGAGCGCCCCGGAGGCGUUGUCGCCGUGCUGGGCGCUGGCAACUUCGACGCCCCCGUUGACGUCCUUGCCGCCCUCUUCAUCGAGAACAGUGUCUGCGUUUACAAGAGCAGCCCGUUCAACCACCGCGUCGGGCCUGUGCUAGAGCGGAUUUUCAAGCCCCUGGUUGAUCGCAACUUCCUUCUCUUCGUGGAGGGAGACGUCAAGGAGGCGACCGCCUUGCUGCAUCACGAGUGCGUGACUAAGUGGAUCAUGACAGGCAGCAUUCACACUGCGAGCCGCAUCAUCUGGGGCUCGCCGAAUCCGCCGCCGAGAGCGGAUCCGCUGCCCAAGCCCGUCUUCGACAAGCCUUUCAUCGGCGAACUCGGCUCCUGUACGCCGUGGAUCAUCUGCCCCGGCAAGUGGUCGAAACGAGAGCUUGAUUGGCACGCUCGAAACGUCGCUGCCGCACUCUUGUAUAACGGGGCGCACAUCUGCGUCCAUCCGCAGUUGCUCCUAACCUGCAAGAACUGGGCACAGAGGGACGCGUUUCUGAACCUCGUGAGAGAAUACCAGAGGGAGACUCUGUACGUGGGCUGCUACUAUCCCGACUACGCCGACAGAAUACGGGGUGCGCGAGAGAAGCUCCUUGCGCUGGGACAGAAACCCGAAGAUUUCGAAGUUCCGGUUUCCGUGCCGCUCUCGGGGCGCUUUGCGCACAAGGAAAUGAAUUACGUCAUCUUCGCGACCGACCUGCCCCAGGACAACUUCAUUGCAGUCGAGGAGAUGUUCUCCCCGGUGUGCGGCGAGGUGCCGCUGGACACGCCGGCUACGGUCGCGGACUUCUUGCCGGCGGCCGUGGAGUACGCGAACGAGAAAGUCUGGGGCACGCUGUCGGUCAGCGUCUCUGUGAAACCGAACAGCCACAAAGAUGAACAGGCUGUCGAGAGCGCGAUCCUCGACCUUCGCUACGGGUCUGUGCACAUUAACGCGCUCUCGAUGUUCGCCAUCGCCUUCCCGACGCUUGUCUGGGGGGGCUACCCCGGGGCCUCGAUCUUCGAUCUUCAAUCGGGCCUUGGAUUUUAUGGCAACUGCUACGGUUUCAAGCGCCCCAUCAAGUCGGUCAUUCGGGCUCCAUUCCUCAACUUCACCCAGAUGUUGAUCGUUCCCAGCAACAAGCACAACGUGAGGAAGAUGGCGAAGCUGUGGCGGCGGAUUGUCGUGUCGAUCCUCGAUCGCAGAUCGACGCAGGGCUGGUUCAGCUUCAGCGGCCAAAUCACCAAGAUCGUGUCUGCCUUCGUGGCAAAUUUGUAG